GUAACUGAUCAAAUAGUUUCCGAUUUCAGCAACCAAAAUAUUUCGAAUGGCGAUUUUGAGGAGAUUUCCGAGGGUACAUCUCGAAAUGGAAACACGUUUGAGGAUAAUAACGAAUCGAUUCCCGAAAAAUUAGAAGAAACCGCGUCCGCGGAUGUCUUGCCAACCGCUAAACCCUCGGUAACCGACAAUCACGAGAAAAGCGGCGCUUAUAGUGUUAGCUCCAAUGUCGAUAUGAUGAAUUCCAUACCUCUCUUGAACAAUUUGAGUAAAGAAUUGGGUAGAGUGCUCGAAUCAUCAUCUUUGCUGCGCUCGGAUUCUAAUACGUCCUUUGCCUUCACCUAUCCCCUCUGCAAGGACAAGUUAUUAGAGACAAUGGUUAAAUGUUGGGAACAAAUUGAUCAAUUUUAUAGAGAGAAUACAAAAACAAGUUAUAGUGGCCGUACAACUUCGGACGACUUGGUCACACUGAGCCAAAUGCGGGAGGCCUUUGUAGAAUACCUCGUGCCUCACGUGAUUCGCGCGUUUAACUCCAUCUAUCCCAAACAUGAAUUGGAACAAAUUCUUGGCAUAUCGGCCUUAAAACCCUUUCAUAUGUUUCCUGACACUGAAAGCAUGUGCCAAUCGAUAAAAGAUCAAGUCGUGAAAAUCCGUUGACAUUUUUGCCAUUGCGAUUAUGUGAUAUAUCUUUAAUAUAUAGCCAAAAUUAUUAUACUCUUUCCUACGAUGUUAUAUUUAAAUUUUAUAAAAUCUAUUUAAAUUUGUCAUAGUUUUAAUUUUUAAAUAAAGGUAAUAAA